CGAGCGUAUGCGCUGUCCAGGCUCUUGUCUGCAAGCUAGGGAAUAACCGGUAUGUAUAGUUAGCUAAUUGCGAACGUUUUAGUUUUAAAUAUUAGCCCUCAGGUCGAAAUGGAUACUCUCCUCUCCAUGCUCUUCUCCUCGGAGGAAGAGGAGCUGUACAUGUUGGACCGCAUGGCUUACUUCAUGUUUUUAAUGGCAGCCUGCACUUUUAUUACUUUGCUGUUUGAAAAUGUUCCUUACGGGCGGUAUGCUACAAGCAAGUAUGGAUUUCCAGUUAACGCCAGGUUCGCCUGGUUCGUCCAGGAGCUGCCAGCUUUACUGCUCCCUAUGUGUCUGCUACUCUGGACAUCUUCUUCCAAGACGUCUUUACUACCUAAUCAGCUCCUCAUUGCCAUGUAUUUCCUUCACUAUGUCCAGAGAGCCUGCAUUUAUCCAUUUUUAAUCAGAGGAGGGAAACCGACACCGUUCGCUUCAUUCGCUCUGGCCUUUGUGUUCUGCUGCUAUAAUGGCUUCAUGCAGAUCAGGUACCUGAGCCAUUAUGCUGAGUACCCAGCAUACUGGGUUACACAUCCAUGCUUCCUCAUUGGCUCGGUACUGUGGUUCGUCGGCUGGUUUAUAAAUGUACAAUCUGACCACAUCCUUAGGAACCUGAGAAAGCCCGGAGAGACUGGUUACAAGGUUCCCAAAGGCGGCAUGUUCGAGUACGUGUCUGGGGCCAACUUCUUGGGCGAGAUAACAGAGUGGGCUGGCUUCACUCUGGCUGGUCACUCUGUUCACAGUGCAGCCUUCGCCAUCUUUACCGCAGUGGUCCUCGCUAGCAGAGCUGUGGCCCACCACAAAUGGUACCUUGCCAAGUUUGAGGACUACCCUAAAAGCAGGAAGGUGUUGAUUCCCUUUCUGUUCUAGAAAACUGGACACCUCGAAAGGUAAUGUGUUCUCCUGCAACGGCGAAGAACAUUCCCGUGAUCAUUUGCCUAAUUUAGAAAUUCUCUAAUGUUGCAACAAACCUUAAACACAGCUUAUUUUUUUCCACUGAAAACAAGCUCACUCUAGGUGUGAAGAAGCAAUAGCUAAAAGUCACCAUCUCAGAAAGGUUUUUAUCAUUUGUUACGUUGGUAAUAACAUCACAAAGCACCAAGGAACCUCAACAAGCAUGGACUGAAUGUGCUGGAGGUGUUGUGUUUGCAGGAGAGGCGGCAUUCAGCUCUCCUCCAGAGGAAAUAAAGGUUGUGAAUGGAGUAGCUCCAUGGUAAUAUACGGGAUUUAUGACACUCUACAUCAGCAGUAAACAGCUUUAAGACUCUCCUCCUGCUCUGCAUAUUCUCCCAGUUGGAACAUAAAGUUGGAAAUGCAAAGCAGACAUUUAAAAUGGUCAUUUUAUCCUCAAGAUUCAGCUGUUGCAAAUCUUUUUAAUGUCGAUUCACAUCAAAUAGACGAGUUCUGAAUCAUGUAGAACGUGUUUUCUACUGGAUUUUGCUCUGGGUGUCAUCUACUGACCUCGUCAUCUCAAAAUCCUGAGAGAGAAGCAACUUUGUGAAUGUAACUGCAUAUCUGGACUCAAAAAAAGACUGGUCUGCAAAAUUAGAAUAGGAAUGAAACAUUAUAUAUUAAACAAAAGUGGGAAUCUGAAUUAUGUCAGAGGGUGACUGGCGAUCCGUUUGUCUCUCAUAGCAUAAUUCCACCAGCUCUAGACGAUGGAGAGAAUAUGGCUGGAAAAAUGUGAUUAGGUUCUUUAUUACACCUUAUAUCAAAAGCAAGCAGCUGAAAACACCCCAACAAUGCUGGAGAUUAUGUGGAGACUGGGACGCCAAUCAUUCUCAUGUGUUUUGGAAGUGUAAAAAUAGCAAACCUUACUGGGAAAGCAUGUCAUGUGAGGCACGAGUAUUGUAUUUUGGAAUAUGGGAAAAUGUAAGAAAGGAGGACCAUUACUUGUUUAAAAUUAUGUUGGUGUCAAGCAAAAAGAUAAUAACAAAAAACUGGCUGAAAAGUGACCCUUUAAAAUUGGAAGAAUGGACUGAUGUAAUUGAGGAUAGAUAUAGAUAGAUCUCUAGAGAUAGAGAUGACCUACACUUUGAGACUGAAAUCUGAUAAACUGUGGACAAAAUGGAUAGCCUAUAACCCCAUAAGGCAGGGACCUCUCCUUGUUGGAGUUUUCUUUUUUUUUUUCUUAAUUCAAAUAGCUUUUGGUUCUUGGUCCUUUGAGGCAUAGGCAGGCGGACGGCCGGGCCCUGAGAGAAUGGGGUCCUGCUAAUACCUGCUCCAGGUUCAAAUAUGUUAUGAUUGUGAAUGGAACUGGACCUGUCGGGGAGAGGACCAGACUUCGGGCCCUGUCUGGCAGCCUUCAUAUGGAUGUAAGAGGCUGGGUGGAUGGUGUUUUUGGGAUGGGAUUGAUAAGACAGUACUUCUCUAUACAUAUGUGUAUAAUUAUUCUUUGUUUUCUUCACCCCACAGAUUAGGUGCGCUUUAUUCCUUUUAGUUUGUUUCUUUUGUGUUCCUUUUUCGUAUUUUUUGUUUGCAUGUACUACAAAGUUGGGAAAAUGUACAAAGUAAAAAAAUAAAAAAUAAAAAAAAGACUGAGACUUGCAUCAGGCCUGUCCCCCACUCAUGGACUGCGGGGACAGAGAAUGAAGAUCAAGCACAGGCGUCAAUAAGUCACCCAUGCCUGAAAUUAGAAAAUAAGAGUUGCCCCAAAACAUGCCCCAUGCUGGGAGUUUCUCAGGGAGAUGGUGAAGAAGUGGAGAAGAAAUUAGAGAAAAAUAUUGGCCUGGUGAAAGCAGGAGGACAACGCGUGCUGAAUGAAUAAAGCUGUGCCAGAUGUGUUUUUGAAGGGACGGAGAAAAACUGGAAGUAAAGACAGGAACAGGAAAUAUUGGACUUGUCUCUUUCGCUCCAUUACGGUUUCAUUUUUUUUACUGUGAGUCAUAAUCUUGUCAGUGUAAGUUAAGACUUUUCUUAAAUCAUGUCAUGGUUUGUUGGUACUCAGGUGCCCUUUUUUUUGGGUGGGUUUUAAAAAUGACUUUUAUUCAAAAGAAGUGCAGUUACCUUUAAAGUUUGCGCACUCAUUUCCUGAUGAAGUCCUUUUCCUGUCACAACUGAGGUCAUGUCUUUAGGAAUUUGAUAAAGGGAUUUUUACACUUUGUCACCAAUAAAU